UGCUGUUCAGUUCGUGUGCAGUUCAUAUUAUAAAUUGAGAAUGUGUUUGCAUACACACGCACUUAUAAUAUAUUAAGCCUAGUCUAACAAACAUUAUAUUUUGGCGGGUGUUAUUAAACGUAUAAAAAAGAUGUGUGGAACCCGUAAACAAAGUGAACAAACAAGAAGACUUUGCUGCUUUGAACCUGAUCGAUUUUUCUCGUAUAUCCAAUUGAAUAGAUGUAUCUAAUGUGCAAUUCCAACGCGGAAAAACGGAACCAUAUCUGAGAAAAGCUCAGAAGCACCCAUAGCAAAGACAGACUUAUUAAGAUUGUGUGUAUUUGAUAGCCUUAGCCAGGCAAAAGCAAAACCACAAAAAUGAGCGGUCGUGGGAGCCGUAAGCGUGGUCGACCGCCAAAGACGCCAAAUGAGCGAACUUCUUCUGGACGUUUUAGUUAUCAAUUGCUCAAAAAGCCGAAAUAUCUGAGCGAAGGAAAAUCGCAGGCAAGCACACCGUCAGCUUCACGCGGAAUUUCCCCACAAAGCGAUGAAUGUAGUCGCAGCAGCCAUAACAAUCACAAUCGUGGGAAUCGUGGUAGUGCUGCUAAGAGGGGACGCGGGCGCAAGUCAAAUGUGCAACCCAAUACCAGCAACUACUCUGGAAGAAAAGGGUACGAGUCGGAAUAUCACUAUGGGUCAGAUUUCGGAGAUACCGAUGAAGAUAAAUCUGAUAAUGAGGAUGACAUAUUACUUACCCCUAGCGAUGACGAAAGCUUAGAUGCAGGCAAUGAGAGUGAAUCUGAAUUUUCCGUGUGCAGCUUUACCCAAAAUGGAGUCGGCCGGCCCCCACGUCCGCCAAGUCCGGAACCCAUUUGGCUGCAAGAAGGACGAGAAUAUGCACCUCUUAAUUUGCCGGAUUCAUCAGCAGAUUUGUCCAUGGCAAAUGUACACGUUUUGCGCGCCCUAAGCAUCUACGAAGUACUGCGACGCUUUCGGCACUUGGUUCGUCUUUCACCCUUUCGCUUUGAAGACUUCUGUGCAGCUCUAACUUGCGAUGAGCAGAGUGCUCUUUUGACGGAUGUACAUAUAAUGUUGCUAAAGGCGAUCCUACGAGAAGAAGAUGUUCAGGGCACACACUUUGGGCCGCUAGAUCAAAAGGACACGGUAAACAUUAGUCUUUACCUAAUUGAUGCCAUUACUUGGCCAGAAGUUUUGCGCAGCUACGUGGAAAGUGACAAGACAUUUGAUCGUCAGGUUUAUCAUAUAUUAAGUCGGACAGAAUAUCCGUACACUGGCAUUGAAAACCGUCUUGGCGUGCUCCAGUUCUUGGCAGAUCAGUUUUUGACAGCCAAUUCUAUACGCGAUGUAAUGCUUCAGGAGGGACCCAUUCAUUAUGAUGACCAUUGCCGUGUUUGCCAUCGACUUGGAGAUUUGCUCUGCUGUGAAACCUGCCCUGCAGUCUAUCAUUUGGAAUGUGUUGACCCACCAAUGAAUGAUGUGCCCACUGAGGAUUGGCAGUGUGGAUUGUGUCGUUCACACAAAAUCAGUGGUGUUAUUGACUGCGUGUUGCCACAAGAAAAGCAUGGUGUGUUAAUACGACAUGACAGCUUAGGAGUUGAUCGUCAUGGCCGCAGAUAUUGGUUUAUAGCACGGCGAAUUUUUAUCGAAGAUCAAAUGGACUCCAGUUGUUGGUACUAUACUACAACAAAUAAGUUAAAACUACUACUUCACAGAUUAGAUUCUGAAGAACUGGAGACUCGGCUAUAUGCCCAAUUAACAGAGCGAAGGGAGGAAAUCGAGCGUCAGAUGAAAUUAACAGAGUCGUUAACCAAUGAGCACAAGCAUACCAAGCGAAGUUUAAUAGAUGUAGAGCAAGAGGCUACGAAAGAAAUACUCGAAACAGAGACGAUAGACGGAACAGCUGAUGAUGAGCCUAAAUCCGAUGACCCAGUGGCAGAGGUAGCGAAUAAGUCUGGAGAAAUUAAAAUGAUUACGCGUCAGAAAUCCAACCAACUAAACAGUGGCACGCAAUUUUUUAAACUUGGCAUGGAACAAGGAUUCAAAAACUAUGUUAACCAGUACGCAACGAAUCCAAUCGCCCUUAAUAAGCCGCAGCGUAAUGAGGAACGAGACAAACGACGUCAUCUCUCACACAAGUUUUCACUGACAACAGCUUCCGACUUCAAAUGGAUUGGUAUUACCAUGGGAACACCCGAUAAUAUGAUUACAACGCUUAGACAGACAUUGAUAAACUUUGAAUCAAAUAUAACACCUCCAUUUUUAAAUCCGAAUUGGCAAGUUAAUAAGAAAUUCUGGAAUACUGCUGUUAUGAAUGCACGACACGCAACUGAUUUUGCGACCGUUCUGCUGCUCUUUCAAUCUUCGUUAAAAAGUGUAGUCUUUGCUAAUGUAUGGCAUGAACAACUUGGCCAUAGAGCUUUGCAACGCAUCACUAGCGCCGAACGUGAAGAGCGAAAAAAGUUAGAAAAGCGAGAGAAACGCGAACGCGACGAUGAGGAAGAACGUAACCGACUUGCAUUUAACUACAUCAAAUAUUCUUUGGGUCUGAAGCAUCAGGUGUGGAAGCAAAAAGGAGAAGAAUAUCGUGUACAUGGUCAGUGGGGCUGGCUAUGGCUUUCAAGCAGUCGACGCUGCGGAAUUCGUGCCAGACGAGCUCAUCCCCGAGUACAUAGUAGAGUUUUUGUGCACUAUACCAUGGGAGCAGCUCUGAAUGACGUUAACGAAAUUGUCUUGGUCGAUCCACGUACCAAGCGUUUCAUGCAACAGUGUGAGUCAAACAUUGUUGAUGGUCAGAUCUGCCCCUAUUUACCGGAGGAAUACACAAACGUGAAAGUUGUCGAAGAUGUUAAGUGUAUCAAUGGUAUCAUCGACGUUAGCAAAGCUCUGAACGACCCAGGACGUCUUUACUAUCCGAAACUGGCUCGAAAAUGUUGGGUAGACGAUCUACUGGAGCGACGUAAGAAAUUGGCCAAGGUCGAGGAGCAAAUUUCUUCUAAGGGUGGAACUGAUGUGAAGCCCAUUGCUAUACCAUCACCGGGUAAUGUUGCAGCCACCAGCAAACAAACCUACUUGGAAAAGUGUUUACUGCGUCUUACAGAAGUGUCGGCAAAAGGAGGGUCAGCAAACGUAAACUUUGAGCUCGUUAACUCGUUGGCUAAGCAAAUCCAGACAGUGCGCUUACAGUUCAGUCAGCUAAAUCGUUUUGCCAAGACUUUUCGUUGUUAUACCAAGGAGUGUAACACAAACUCAAACGCUGUAUCUCAAAUCACACAAAAUACUUGCUACUCGCCACUGUGUCUUCAAAAAGCUCGUGCAAAGAAAGAACUUCUACUGCUACUGCGAAAGGCGCACACCGCGGGCAAUGGAUCUAAAGAAACGGUGGCCGCUAUCUUGGGUGCUGUUAAGAAACCGUCUAUUCUCGAACAGAAGUUGACUGAAGGCAAAAGGGAAACAACUCAGCUUUCAGUCGAUGAAUCGGAUGAUGCAAAAUCAGCAGAAACUGAAGCACCGCUUGACUUACUUCAAGAUUGGGAGCAAGCUCGGGCGCAUUCUGUUGCUUUUACUGACGUGCUCUUAAGCGAUUGCUUGCUGAUUGAGACGGAUAUUCCUAACAAUGCCCGAGUUAAAAAAGAAGAGAUAGUCCCAGGAAGCAACACAAACGCAGAUUCUAGCACUCAAGACUCGGACAAAAUGGAUUUUAUUGAAAGUAUGGACGUUUGCAGCAAUGUUGAAAUCGAGAGUACUGAAGAUUCUAUAGUUACGGCGAUAAAUACUUCGUGUUUAGAUGCCAGCGCUGAGGAUAUAGACAUGAGACCCGGAUCACGUCGAAAACGUUUCCAAAAAUCUAAGAAGGCCUAUAUAGGGACUAAGGAUGUACUGGAUCACACGCUGGACAAAGAUAUACCUCUCAAACAAAAUCGCCGAUUUCGUAUCAGUUCUCGUCAGGUUAAGCGUGACUGUUGUACUAAAUAUGAGCGGGAGUAUUUUGAUAACGGGAAGGAGCGUGUCUAUAGUUCUACUUCACCGCGAGGUCGAGUUUAUCUGAUCAAUGAUUGGUCUAAGCUGUAUGACCAAGCUGUUAAAAGUGAGGAUAAAAAUAAAAUUGUAAAAAAGGUCACGUAUGCAAGGUACCCUCUUAUCUCCAAUUUUCUUACGCACAAAAAAAAGCGCAGUUUAUUGGUAUUACCGCGUUACGAACUGCGGAAGCUAGCGCGACUUGGCGGAAGGUCAGCCACAAAUGGUUUUCACCACGGUGCUAAAAAUAACUCUAUUUGGCAAUACCAGUGCUCACGUCCUCUUUUCCGAACAUGUUGGUCUUAUCGCUCGUGUAAUGCCACAACGCUAUCCUGCAUUGCCCUUCAGCUACGAAUAUUGUGGUCCUGUCUUCGGUGGGACGACAUGAUAGCCAAGCCGCCAUCAACCGAUGGCAAACAUCAGGUGACAACGGAAACUGAAAUUGUCACUUUAGAAUUGCUAAAACUUCGCCACGCAGGCCGCUAUGGCGAAAAAACAAGCUAUUUGCGGCGCAAAGUUGUCAUCCCACUUGAGAUGCCAAAGACUAUUAGAGAGGUCACAUCAAUACGCUCCGGACUGCGAAAACGGAAGCGCGCUGAGUCUCCACAGCCAACAGAACCACAAAUAAGCGAAGAAUGGGUUGAAGAAGAUAAACUUGAAUUAUGGGAAAUUAAAUUUAUUGGUGAAAAACAAGAAAAAGCCCGUCUGUCAACAGUGACUCGGUCGGUGGCAUCGCGGCAACUAGAGUCAAGCGGUGGCAACAGUCCAAGUACACCUACUAAUGGAACUCCAGGUGGUGCUGGUCGUGUUCAGCUGGCCCCAAAGCCUAACGAAGAUGUUAAAGAGAAAAUGGAGCAACAAUUAAAGCUACAAAGAGCCGCGCAUCAACAACGGAAAGUCAUCGGUACAGGCGAGCUACCUCGGUCCGGAACUCCAGUUAAAGGCCAGAUUAUUGGCAGUAGGCGGGUAAUAGUUAAAAAUCCAGAUGGCACUACACGAAUCAUUCAGCAGGCAGUCACACAAGUACCCCGCACGGCACCAGUGAACCCGUCGACAGCAGCAGCUUCCCAAACAGUGCAAAACACAUCUAACACACAAUCCACGCAAUCUGCACCCACCCCACACAAGGUACAAAUAAUACGUGGACCGGAUGGCAAAGUAAGUGUAAGGGGCUUAAACCCUGGACAGCAACUAGUACAAAUGCCGGAUGGAAAAUUACAUGUAUUGACAACUUCAUCAAAUUCAGCGACUCAAGGAAGCAAAGGCAAGGUAUUACCUAUCAAAUCUCUACCUACACCAUCAUCCACAGCCGUAACGUCAACUUCGGCCGCGGCAGCAUUACCACCUCCUAUAAUUAAACAAAUGGCCGUAAAGCACGUCGCAAAACCUACCGGGGCACAAUCAAUAGCUUCACAGAGGGUUGCCUUACCUCUCGCCCAAAUUAAAAACAAAAUGCUAUUGGCUCAGCAGCAACAAGCAUCAGCAGCAACAUCAUCACCACCAGUGCAGAAAAUUGUGUCAAAAGUUGUUAACUCAAGUUCCCCGGGACAAAAUUUGCAACAAGUAUUCGUACAGCCUGGCUCCAAGUUGGUAGUUGGUCAAAACGCUCAAGGACAAAAAGUAAUCAUAUCUGCUUCGUCUGCACAAUCAGGCUCAUCCGCAGUGCAACAGCAGCAAAUUGUACAAACUCAAGCCCUUCCACAGCAAAUUCAACAGGCCCCACAGCAGCAAUCUCAGCAAAUGGCGAUCAACCAGGUGGGCAGUCAACCUACACAAAAAGUAAUCCAACAAAUAGUUAACACAAGUAAUGUCCAACAACAGAUAGUGAUAGGGGGGCAACGCAUAAUAUUGAGCCCCGGUCAGACUAUUGUUACUCAGCGAAAUGUACCGCAGAGUCAAGCAUUGCAAAUGGUCCAGCAACAAAUUCAAACCCAGCAGCAGCAACAACAACAACAACAGCAACAGAAUAUUGUGCAGCCACAUCCACAAUAUGUUGUUCAAACGAAUCAAGUUGUUCAAUCAUCGCCCACCACACAAACUAAAUUAGUUAAACAACUUGUAGUACAACAACACACCCAACCAACAGUGGAAGAAAAAGGCCCGAUCAACACUACCAAUGAAGCCAAUGAAACAGCUACCCAACAAGUGCUCGUGCCAAAUUCGACCCUGGCCCAACAACUAGCACAGGGCAAGUUGCAAGUAGCUACUGUCAAUGGACAACAAGUAAUCGUCAAGCCUUUAGGGAAUAAUCAGGCGCAAAUUGUUGCACAUAUCAAACACCAAGGGGAUGGUAACGCCCACAUCGUUACCAACAAUACUGCGCCAGCAGUGCCCCAAGAAAGUCCGCAGAGCUCGCCAGUCAAACAACCACAGCAGCAGGCUCUAACGUCCCUCAGCCCACAACAAGUUAUUGUUCAGCAACAGCAAAUUGCACAACAGUGUAGCUAUGACACUGCUGCUUCUUCAAUACCUCAACAGCAUGUAACGCCAGGAACUGUCCAACCAGGACAGACACAACAGCAACCCAUGAGUGUUGAAGAAAGUCUUCUCCAAAACCAACCGCCUGGCACAGUUAUCAAAUGCGUUACGGCACAAGUAUUGCAAACUGAGCACGGACCACGGAUUGUGUUGCAAGGCUUGGUAGGUAACGACUUUACGGCUCAACAACUACAGCUGGUGCAAACCCAGGUGAAGCAACAGCUUAUGAAAGCCCAAGAAUCUAAUGGCAAACUAGGAGUCCUAGGGCCGACAAAAAUAUACUUGGCGGUGCAACCGGAAACAACAGCUCAAUCGCAACCACCUCCACUUACCCCAGUACACCAAUCAACUACACAUCAACAAGUUGGUGGAGGCGUAUUAAAUGUUUGCUUAUUGAAUACGUAUUUUAUAUCUCAAGAAGAUGAUGACGAUGAAAUUAUCGUCGUCUGCAGUCCACUGCAAGAAAUGGCAAUCAAAUACCGUCAUGAAGAAACUCAAGGUAGCAAAAUUGUUACUGAUUCUCUCAGCCACACCAACAGUAGUUGUAUGCAAAUUCAGCAAGAAAAUCAAAUAAAUAUUAAAAAUCUAGUUCUAGUUGAAGAUCAAGACAAUAAUGAACAGAAUCGCUUGAAAAAAUAUCGAAGUGAAGACCUUACACGAUGUUCAUUACAGCCUAACAUCGACACUGACACCAUCGGGCCAACAACUACAUACGAAGCCAACUCAAUCAUUAUAAAUAAAGCCGUAGACACUGGAAAUGAGCUGCAGCACACUACAUGUGCCCAAACUGAUAAAACUAAUAUUAUAAUUAACACUCAAUCUAUUGGUGGCUCUGCGCUGCUAGAGGGUAUAGAGCACGACGAAAAAUCAAUCCACAUUAAUAAUACAACCGUGGGAAAAAUCGUAGAGGAAAAUCAAAGUGACAACUUUUUGAUCACUAGUGGGUAUAUACAGGAGUCCAUUACAAACGCACUUAAGCAAGGUAAUCUAGAACUAGAAGAAAAGUUGGUUAAUAUGCGCAAGCAACAGGAACAACAAAAUACACAAAGUUUUGAUGAUGGGGACUUGUCGUCUAGAGGGAGUGCUAAUGAGGACACAUUUACUUUAAAUCGCCGAAGCUCCUUAGCACUUCAGCAAAAUAAGGAUGAUCUUGAAUGGAAAACUAGAACUUCAACAAAACUUUCAAAUGCUAUGACAACAAGCAGCCAAUUUAAUCGUAUUCUUAAAAAAAGUCGUAGUCAAAAAGAAGAUAUAGUAGAUGUCAGUGAACAGAAACAAUUCAAGUUAGAAAGGCACAAAGAAUUGCUUAAAAAAAGUAUCCUUCGUAAACGAUCAUUUUUAGAACGGAAUUUACAAAAUGAAAUACGCGACGAAGUACAGACGAAAGUCCAACGACAUGUGCGAUCUUUAAGUGUCGUCUCACCAGAAGAGCAUAGCGAAAAUGAAAGAGGAUCGAUAUUUUCUGAUAGUCGCGAGGAGCAAAAUAUUGAACAAAAGCGAUGUGUCAAAGUUAGCACUAGUCGAAAUCUAAGAGAAGAAUCCAUUGUGGACAACAGCAGACAUGGCGUCGGAAGGCCUAAGAAGUUAACAAGGAAAAAAGAAAAGUUAUAUUGCGUUUGUCGUACACCUUAUGACGAAACAAAGUUUUAUGUAGGCUGUGACCUGUGUAGCAAUUGGUUUCAUGGUGAUUGUGUUAGCAUAACUGAAGAAGCUUCGAAAAAUCUUUCUGAAUUCAUUUGCAUUGAUUGCAAGAAGGCACGGGAAACUGAGGAACUUUUUUGUAGUUGUCGUCAACCAUAUGAUGAUUCACAAUUUUAUAUUUGCUGCGAUAAAUGCCAGGGUUGGUUCCAUGGCCGUUGUGUCGGUAUACUACAGAGUGAAGCUGAGUUUAUUGAUGAAUACGUAUGCCCUGAUUGUCAGCGAAAGACAGAUGCAAACGCACUCAAUAUGAAACCCCUUACGUCCAAUGAAACUAACGAGCUAAAGGAUUUAAUUAAACAAAUACAGUUGCACAAAAGUGCUUGGCCGUUUAUGGAGCCGGUUGAUCCGGAUGAAGCGCCAGACUAUUACAAAGUCAUUAAGGAACCAAUGGAUCUCAAACGGAUGGAAACCAAACUCGAAUCAAAAGCGUACACCAAACUCGCCGACUUCAUUGGCGAUAUGACAAAAAUUUUUGACAACUGCCGCUACUACAACCCAAAAGAAUCGUCCUUUUACAAAUGUGCUGAAGCACUAGAAUCGUACUUUGUGCAAAAACUCAAAAGCUUUCGCGAAAAUGUUUUUGGGCAAAGUAAUUAGUAAAAGCAUAAGCUAAGCUAUUAAACCUUAAGUUAAACCAGUUUUGAUAUCACUGAAGUAUUCAAUCCUUUGCAAGCUUAGACAUUGCUAUUUUAUUCAAUUAAAACGUUUAUAAUUUAAUUUUUUCAUACUAUGUAUAACCAAAAUUAAAAUACAAAAUAUUUGUAAAUACUAUUUAUUAUUUAAGGUCAAAUAACUAUUCUACGAAAUAUAACUGCAGAUCCUUGUAAUAUAAAUAAAUAUUCUAUUAUAUAUCAUAAUUAGCUAAGAAGACAUCUUAAUAAUUUGCAGAGAACACCUCAUUAUUAUUCCUUUGUACAAAUAAUUCAAUUGUAAAUAAAUAACGUAUGCCUUUGUCUUUUUAUUGAUCUGAUUGACAUACCGUAGACUUAAACAUCUUAUGCUAAGUUGUAAAAAUACAUGCUUAUUCCUAAUAAUAAAUUACUCAAUUUUCUGUA